GCAUGGAACAGUCAGCACAGAUCCAACAGGAUGAUUUCUCACACUUUCAACUCAUUCAACAACCGGUCCCUCAGCCAGUUACAGUCUUCCAGCAGCUCCCUUCAGCAAUGUCUCCACCUGCACCAGCUUUACGGCCAGGACACAUCAGGGAGGAUCUUGUAGAGCUGAUGAUGAUGCAGAAUGCUCAGAUGCAUCAGGUCAUCAUCAACAACAUGACCAUGGCUGCGCUCAGUUCUUUCGGCUACACGCAAGCACCUGGGCAUCCAGGUCCACCAGUAACAGCUGAGGUGGAGCCAGAGGUGUAUCAUCACCACUACCCUUGUCCACCUUGUGUUUCUUACCCUGUGUGGGUUCCUAUGUCUCUGGCACCAAUGCAGUCUCCCGUUCCUCUUCAGACCAUUCCGAACUUUAAUGAGACAACAAUGUGCCCUCUACACAAUAUCCACACAGAACACAGAGACAGGAAAGCUGUUCCUCCUCCUCCACCACCAAGUGCAACAGGUACUAUUGGACCAGGCAUUCCCCCCGCUGCAGAGUACUAUGAAGCAGAAAGAAGGGAGCACAGACAAGAAGAGACACAGAACUGAAAGGGAAACAGUAAGCUAACUU